AUGGAGAAUAGAAGAGGGAAGGUGCUGAAAGCUGCAAUGCUUGCCAUCGAGUUAGUCAGUUUGCCCUCAAUUGUAUGCUACAGUUCUGCAAUGGCGUCUGUAUCCAGCCAGCCGCAGUUCCGUCUCACUCAACCGCCUUCGAAGGUGCUGCACCUAAGAAACUUGCCAUGGGAAUGCACGGAGGAAGAAUUAAUUGAGCUGGGAAACCCCUUUGGUAAAGUUAUCAACACUAAGUGCAAUGUGGGUGCAAACAAAAAUCAGGCCUUCAUUGAAUUUGUGGAUCUGAAUCAAGCCAUUGCUAUGAUAUCAUACUAUGCUUCAUCUUCAGAGCCGGCCCAAGUGAGAGGGAAGACUGUCUAUCUGCAGUAUUCUAACAGGCAAGAAAUUGUGAACAACAAGACAACAGCUGAUGUUGCGGGAAAUGUAUUACUUGUGACCAUUGAAGGUGCUGAUGCUCGCCUUGUCAGCAUUGAUGUCUUGCACCUGGUAUUUUCUGCUUUUGGUUUCGUGCAUAAGAUUACAACUUUCGAAAAGACAGCUGGGUUCCAGGCGCUCGUGCAAUUUUCCGACACUGAGACUGCUACAUCUGCGAAAAAUGCUCUCGAUGGGAGAAAUAUUCCUAGCUAUCUGCUCCAUGACCAAAUCGGACCAUGUACACUUAGGAUCACAUACUCUGCUCAUACGGAUCUGAGUGUAAAAUUUCAGAGCCAUAGAAGCAGGGACUACACUAAUCUAAGUCUUCCUGUUGCACCAUCAGCUAUUGAUGGAAGUGGUCUGUUCACUGUGGGUCAGGAUGGGAGAAAGCUAGAGCCUGAAAGUAAUGUCCUUCUUGCAUCAAUAGAGAACAUGCAGUAUGCUGUCACUUUGGAUGUUCUCCACAUGGUCUUCUCUUCUUUUGGACCUGUUCAGAAGAUUGCUAUGUUUGACAAAAAUGGUGGACUUCAAGCUUUGAUUCAGUACCCUGAUGUCCAGACUGCCAUGGUAGCCAAAGAAGCACUGGAAGGACACUGCAUUUACGAUGGAGGCUUUUGCAAACUUCAUCUCUCGUACUCUCGCCAUAAUGAUCUCAGCAUAAAGGUCAAUAACGACAGAAGUAGGGACUACACAAUCCCCAAUACUCCAAUGAUGAACCCUCAGCCUUCACUCUUAGGACAGCAGCCAAUGGGCGGAGGUCCCGUUCAGCCAUACAGCGGAGGUCAGUAUCCUCAGACGGCCGAGCAUCAAAUGAUGCCGCCUCAAGCUUCAGCCGGAUGGGGUGCCGGUGUUCCUCCAGGUCCUCCUCCACAUUCAAUGCCGCAGCAGAUGAAUAGUAAUGCCUACAUGCCACCGGGUGGAGGCAAUAGUAACGCGUACAUGCCACCACCGGGUGGGGGGAAUAGCAAUGCGUACAUGCCACCAGGUGGGGGUAAUAGUAAUGCAUACAUGCCACCAGGUGGGGGUAAUAGUAAUGCGUACAUACCACCAGGUGGUAUGCCCCCUCACGGAGGCCAUGGAAUGAUGCAUAUGUCCUCCCAUGGUGGCAUGCCGCCGCCACCAUCUUCAAUGGGCCAUCAUUAUAGGCCUGCUCAAUAGCAUCUCCGCUUUUGUUCCGGAACGAGGAGAAGUGCAUAGACUUGGAUCACCAGCUGAACACCAAUGUUGCAGCAAUCUCUUUCCUUUUCGGAUGACAACAGAUGGUGCUGGCUGAUACAAGUGUUCUGAACUACUAAGGUUUUGAUUGUUGGCUGUAGAAUCGAAACAUUUUGAUGUAUUUUGUUGGAUGAUAAUGCAGACAUGUUGUAAUGUGGUCGAAUUUUUCCGUUUUUCUCUUAAUCAUGGCGGAUAUUUGCAUCAUUUACUGGCUGUCGAGUUUGCUGCUAUUUCUGGUGUUAAAAAACAGGAGAAUUUGAAGAUAAACGGGUCGGUCUGAGUAUGUCGAGAAUAUUAGGUUUUCAUAUGGGAUUGUUGAGUGUAAUGUCUGGAAAGGGGUGGCAU